AGACUUGAAGUGUAUUGCGGGACCGAUCAACACGCAGACGAACUUGGCGGAGCAUCUCCAACAGAGUUUUCGGCGGACCCCAACUCCGGUCCUGCAGCGGUCUUGCGGAAUUUACACAAAGUGUUACCUCCUCCAAAAACUGGCGUCUACUAUGCCGUAGUGACGGAUCGCGUUUACACGUCCGUGCAGCUCGCGCUGCAGUUGCUGUCUCACAAUGUGUACUCAAUCGGCACUAUUCAGACGAACAAGAAGGGCUUUCUGCCAGCGCUGGUUACGAAGGACGCCUCACGACCGGCAGACGUGGCGCGUGGAUCUGCCGUUGUCGCGGUCGCAAAGUGCUGCCCACAACUCCAGGCCAUACUCUGGUGGGACCGCCUCCCAGUGUAUUUGUUGUCGACAGGAAGCAGCACUACGACUGAGAGCUGUGGU